AUGUAUUUGGACAUUCAGAAGACGUUCAGUCUGAGCUCGCUCUGUUCGACACUUUUGCCUGCAUUGUGCCGUCAGGCAGGCCCCGUCAGCCACCAUCCAGUUCGGCCACCGUCGUAUCCGUUGGCAGUCCGGAAUCCAUACCUUUCAACAUGGAUGCCGUCUGAUCAAGUGCAGCAGCUGCCGUUUGCCGAACCACAGUUUUGGGCCGGUCAAGAGCUCGGUUGGUCGGUGAUAAUACGCAUUGAUGGCCAAGCGUGGAGCCUAAUGGGAGUCCCGGAUUUGGACGCUAAACACAUUCUUCCUGCGAGAGUACUCCGUGCAGAGUUUACCUCGACCCAUACAAUUUUUGAUUUCUUGGCUGGCCCAGUCGGUCUUACUUUGGACUUCUUUUCCCCUGUAUCCCCUCCGAAUUAUGUCCGGCAGUCCCUCCCUUUUAGUUAUAUGACCGUGCGCUUGAAGAAUGCAUGGGGCCGUGAGAUUCAAGUUUAUUCAGACAUCGACGGCAGAUGGACGGGACAGAGUGAUGCCUCGGUCCAUGAUCUCGAGGUGAACGGAGAGCUCAUCUUCCAUGCCCUGUCCGUGAAAGAUGCCCCCAAAUACGAGGAAGCUAACGAUAUGGCGCUCUGGGGCAAAGCGAUUCUUGCCUCUCGGCCUCAGUCCUUGAGCAAACUUUCUGCACUUGCUGGAGACGCGCAUGCUGUGAGGACUGCCUUUGCCGAGACUGGCUGGCUGAAUCAAAGCAAAUCUUCUUGGUCCCCGCGUCAUAUUGUCGCCCUUGCACAUGACCUAGGAAAGGUCUCCGAGUCUGUCGAUGUGACCUUCGCGAUUGGCUAUGAAAGAGAGCAAGCCAUUAACUAUCUUGAUCAGCCAUACACGGGCUUCUACAGAUCAGAAUUUUCAACGACGGGCAAGGCGCUCUCUUUUUUUUUUGACGACUUUGACGGUUCCAAGCAUGAAUCUGAGAAGCUGGAUACAGAACUCUCGUCCUUUGCAACAGCCGCUGCUGGACCCAAGUACGCAGAUAUCGUGGCUCUGUCUCUUCGUCAAGCGUGGGGGGGUAUUGACUUGACUAUACCUGACAAGUCGCGAGCGAUCAGUGGUGUGAUGGCUUUCAUCAAAGAACUGUCCAGCGAUGGCAAUGUCAAUACAAUAGAUGUCAUCAUGCCCGCCUUUCCCAUAUAUUGGGUCAUGGAUCCCGAAUGGAUCCGUCUGCUACUCGAUCCUGUGAUGCUUUACUUGGAAUCUGGUCGCUGGAAGCUUCCGUACAUGAUACAUGACCUCGGGUCCCGCUACCCUUACGCAAUCGGUCAUGAUGACCAGCGAGCCGAGCCAAUGCCAAUUGAAGAAUGUGGCAACUUGCUCAUAUUGGCACUCGCUUAUGUUCGUGCAACGGGAGAUCACAGCUGGAGUCAUCGCUACUUGACCGUUUUCCAAAAAUACGCCGACUAUUUGGUCACCAAUGGCAUUGAUAUUGCCGAACAACUUUCAUCCAAUGACGCUGCUGGGCCUCUCGCCAACGAGACCAAUCUGGCGAUCAAAGCCGCGAUUGGCAUCAAGGCGUAUGGGAUAUUAAGUGGGAAUCAGACAUACUCUCAAAUUGGGAAUGAUCACGCAGACCUCCUCUUCCGCCAGAGUUUGGGUACGAACGAAAACCAGACCCAUUUCACACUGCAGUACCCUGGUCACUCCGGUACAUGGAAGACCCCGUACAACCUGUAUCCGGACCUUCUUUUGGACUUACAAACAUUCCCUGAAGAGGCAUUCUUGAUGGGCAGCAGAUUCUUCAACAGUGUGCGUGGGGAGUAUGGGGUUCCUCUAGACAAUCGACAAGACUGGGCAAAGUCCGACUGGAAUAUGUGGCUUGCCGGAACUUUUGAGCCGAACACGCGAGACGAGUUUGUGGAUGAUCUGUGGGCUUUCAUGACCAAUGGCAAACACCACUGGCCUUUUUCAGAUCGCUAUAUCUCAACUGCUUCUCAUGGAGGUGAAGCAGGGGUCCCGAUACUAUGUCGUGCUCGGCCCACCGUUGGUGGCCACUAUGCUCUCCUGGCGCUGAAGGGUCCGCGGACAAUUCAGUCAUUGUCAGGAGGUGACUCAAUCAAGAAACUUCAACGAAGCAGAGAACCAGGCUUCCAGGAGGAGCUGUGA